AUGAACCUCAUUCAGAUCGCAUUGUUUGUGUCGCUGUUUCAGUUUGGAUUCGGCAAAUCGUUGUGGGAUGAUGAAGAUUCCUCGUAUCAGAAACCCAUACUCCGCAUCAGCCACAUCAACGUUUAUGGCGAAUCCCGCUACAUGAAAGUCUUCACCUUUAUCCAUGAGGAUCGCGCACAUUUCGAUCUGAAAGUGUUACUCAAACAGGAGCUGGGCAGCAAUUUUCUCAUCUUCAACCUGAAAGUGCGUGUGCGGCCCCAGGGUGGAGCGAGCUUCGUGACUCUGCUGCAGAUGAAGCGCCUGGAUCUGUGUGGCUUCCUCUCCGACUUCUCGGGCAACUCCAUGAUGCGUUAUUUUCUCAAAUCCAAUAUGCAAAUGAGCGAAAUCAUUUCGUGUCCCGUGCGCGUGGGCAACUUCUCGCUGGCGAAUGUCAGCGCGUACGACAUCUAUCCGGCGAACUUACAGAAUGGCACCUACAAGUUCUUCGUGGAGGUGGUCGAGGGCACGGGCGAGAUAGCCAAGGUCUUUGCGCUACAGGUGACCACGGACAUCAGCGUGCCAGCAUGCCGGGUUGCACAAGAAUAA